AUGGAUCCACGUUGCAGAGGGCCAGGACCGGCCAACCUCCCCGUUCGCAAGUUCCCCUUCUUCACACACCUCCCAUCCGACAUCCGCACGCAAAUCUGGUCAGACGCCAUCCUGGAGGAGCUCGGUGCCGGCCUACCUGCGCGCUCAGCCACAACCAGGCCACCAAUACUCAAGAAAGCCACCACCACACCACCGCCCACGCCCAAGCCUGCGCCCAAACCCGGGCCAACCGCGCCAACCGCUCCCAAGCCACUUCCCAGACUGCACAUCAUCCCCUUCCACAAACUCCCCAACGAAGAACCCUUCACCAACACAAACACCUACCUCACAGCACGAUACGGCGCCAACUGGGCCGAGCUUCCUGCUCCUAAUGCUGUCGCGAAUACCGCCGGGUUGGUACACGAGGGCCAUCAGCCACCACAGCUCUCCGUGGAAGCGGUGUGGGCGUGGCAGCGUGCGCGGACCGCCGAGGCGCAGGAGGCCGUCUGGGAACAUGCCCGGUCGCGUAUCGUGCUGAUGCCGCCGGGGCGGGCGCCGGGCACGGGCGCCCAGUUCUCGGGCGGCUGGUGCCGUGGCGAGGUGGCCGGGUCGUGUGCCGAGGCUACUGCGGCUGCGGAUGCGUUGGGUCGGUCGAUGAAUGGUGGUGAUGGUGGUGAUGGUGAGGAUGGUGAGGAUGGUGUGGCGAUGGCGGUGGGCCGGGAGGCGUUGAUUGGCCUGGGUAAGGGCGAUGUCUGCGGCUUUGUCAAUGUCCGCGCGGAUGGCUCGCCCAUCGGCUGGCGGGAUAUGCUAAAGUUCUGGAAGAGGGGUUCGGGCAUAAGAACCCAUACAGAAGAAGUAUGCGGCCAGAACUCCAUUCACGACCACCUAAGUCCAUUUCCUGGAGGAGAGGAAUGGAUCGGGAUUGCGAGGGAGGGAGGGAGGUGUGACGAUGGGAUGUUGGCCGGAGCGAGUGGCUUGAGGGGCCUACUCCCGGCCCUGGCGCAGUGCGAGGUGCUGGUUGGGGUAUGGCAUCCGGCCAUGUGCAGGAACUUUGAAGCGCGGCGCGGGCUGAAUCACAUGAACAACCCGGUCCGAAUAGAACCCCCGACAGAACUAUGUGCUGAGUUCAAACGGGGCCUGGAGAGUCUGCCUGUCCGUUAUCCCCGACUCAAGACCAUCUAUAUUAUUGAUCCGACGCUGAAGCCCAGACCCAAGGAUUCACUCAACGGCCCGUGGAGGCCUCGACCGAAGUUCCGUGGACGCAAUGUUACGUUCUAUUCGGCUUUUUUCCGCUAUUUCAUGUCGGGGACGGAACUGGAAUUCCCGGAUUGGCAUCGUGGCCAAUGGAGGGCUGAGGUGAGAACGAUAUUGAAAGAUGUUACAGUACAGUUGGACCGGAACAGGCAACCCAUCCAUAUGUCUGUUUUGGCCUGUGUGCCGGACGACGAUGAGCAAGAUGAUCCCUGGGGGACAAAUCACGAGUAG